UGUUUAUCAUUUGUAUGUUGCAACACAAGCUAAAAUAUUAAGAACUUUAUAGUCAGUAAGGAGAUUUUUGUAUCUGCAGAUGUGAAAAAACUGAAUUCCAAAGAAUAGUAAAUGACAGGUUAAUAUGUAAUUAAGUGAAAAUAUUAAUUCUGUUGGUGGAGAUUUCCGAAACAUAGGGAAGGGAAAACUACUGUAACACAGCUAGAAUUAUCUAUGAUAUGUGUUUUUCAUAAUAAACUGAAUUGCCUGUUUACUUUUAUUCCUCUAGAUUAAGUAUUACAAAAGCCAUGUUCCGAAUUUCCUUGAUAUAUCCAGAAUACUAAAAAAAUCAUACUUUUGUUGGACCAUGUGUCAAGAAAUGCCAGCUAAAGGUGCUAAAAAGAAACUGACCAACCAAGCUGUUCCUGUCUAUGUCAAAAGUGCCCAAAAUGGAGAAGUUGAAAAAAUGUUGUAUAGAGAUCCAGGGAAUGAAAAUAAGGUGAUCCUUACUUUAGAGAAGAAGGUUUUUGAUCUGGAUCAGCAUGAAGAAACCUUUGCUAGAAGUGAAAAAUGGCUUCAGGAGUUUGACAAAGAACCCAAAGUAUUUGGAGAGGACCUCUUUGAGUUUGACAUUUCUUUCCCUCCAAGUUAUCCUUUCAAGGAAGACACUUGCAGUGGAAGUAGUUAUAUGAGAACCAGAUGCCCUUCAUGGUGCGACAGAAUUCUGUUAAGUAAAAGUGCUUUAUCCAUUGUAAAUACGACUCCAUUAGAUAGUGCAUAUUUACCUAUUGUUUAUCAACUAGUUGGUGAGAAUGUUUCAAUGGGAGAUCAUAAGCCAGUGAUGUUAAUGUUCAAUCUUCGGCAGCACACAGAGGGUGACCAUCUCAGAAAAUCAAGCCAGCAAUCCCUCUUUGAAAAUAUUAGCCAUUGUGCUGUUUCAUCUUUUCACCCAUUUUUUACUGGAAAAAUCACACAUGAAGAAUCUUGCGUCCCUUCCACCGCCACAGGUAAAAAGCAUCUAAACCUUCCUCGUAUCAGUGUGACUUUCCCAGCUUCAAAAAACACCACUUCAUUCAGCCGUUUUAUACAUGUGAAGCACCCAGGCUCUCCUGCCCGAAUAUUUAGAGAAACUACUGUUUAGACCUGUUUAUUUUCCAUCAAUUAAACCGGAAUCUUCGAAUCAUUACUUUCUAAAUGUACAAAAUAUCCUGGUGUUGACAAAUGAAGUGAUCCAGUAGUAAGAAUUCUUCCUCCUAGCUCUACUUAUGUGCAUAAGAAACAAAGCUAAUAUUUCAAAGUAGAAAUAAACAUGGAUGAAUAUCUAGACAAUCACGAAAGUGUCUUGCGACAUUAGAGUCAUAACUUUUCAUUCGAUAUUAUUUAUUGUUAAAUGGAAGUUAAAAGCCCAGGAAAUGAAAUUUUACAUGUUGCAUUGUUUAACUUCUAUAAUUCAUUCAUACACUGUGUAUUAAAAGUGUUGUCGUAAUCUCAAUGCGACUCUGUCGUGCCAAACUUUGAUGGAAGACUGAAAUGCUGUACUCUGCUGUGAUUUAAUUUAUGACCUGUUGUGUUAAGAUCAGUUCCCCCCCCCAUAUACAGAAGUUUAUAGGAUAUGUUUUGCUUGACUGUAGUUAGGAUAUGAAAUCUCAUAGAAUGAAGUACUAAGAACUAAGAAAAUGCCUAAAAUGCUUUUAAUUUAGUUUAUAACAUUUCCUUUAAAAUUCAGUAUUAUAAUGGGCUUUCCUUUUAAAUUGAUGGUGUUCUUUAUGAUAGUAUACUUCUUAUUCAUUUUAACUAAAAUACUAUAGUUUUAUUACGCUUUAAAUAUCGAUUAGCAAUUAACUGUAUUCGGCGAUGUUAUGGUAAUUUAUUUAAUACUUAAUUGGAUGGAAAGUAUUCUAUAAAAAUUACUAGCAGUGAAUUUUACAAAUUUUAAGCAUAUCUUUUGAUUUUGUUAAGUUAAUGCUUUGGGUUGAUUCACUUGAAAUGACCAGUAUUUUUCACACGCGGAAAUAAAAUCCUGUGAGAAAAUACAACGUAAUUGAUUAAUGAAAAUAAUUGCUAGUUACAUCUACAAAUUCUUCAAUAAAUGUGGGAAAUUCUAAGAAUAUCUUUCUUGACAAUUUGGAAAAAUUUUGAUAUUAUAACUAUCGUGAAAUAUUCAAAUUGGUAAAUGCUAAAUUGUUGUUGAAGGCUGUCUUGGGUAGAAAAUUAUCCAUACAUAGAAAAUGUGAUAAUAAAAAUGAAUAGGCAGGGGAUUAAACAAGGUAUGGCAGGUUUCACAGCCGGUUGAUAUCGCGAAACGCGUGAUCAGUUCAACUGAACGUGUAUGAUUAACAUAUAGGAUCCGCUUCCCAACAUCCGUCACAACACACUGCGUAAAUCCUUUUCAUUUUCUUCUAUUCUGAAGGGAACAAUCUUCUGAAUAGAGUAUGAUACGCCUUGCGUUAUCCAAUGUAGCAAUUAUUGAUCAAAAUGUUUUACCUUGCCAAUGGCUGUAAAAUGUGGAGCUUAGUUGAUUAGAGCAUUUUUGCUCCAGUUUAUUUGGAUCCGAUUCAGUGAUAACUCUGAAUUCAAUAGGAUCCAAUGGGCAAAAAAUGUGGCCACGGGUUUCAUUUAAAGACUCGUAUCAGCUAAUUCAAAUGAAAGCGUAUAUUAUUUGAUUAGUUUUCUCCUCAACAGUUACUGUGUUAUGCUUUUUGAUAUUUUAACUAUAGAAUAUUUAAGUUAAAAAUCGUAAAGGAAAUUCACAAGCAUUUGACUUAUAUUCACGUCUCAGUUUAGCUUGAUCGUACUUUCUACUGUUAGUAAAGGAUAUCUAGUAGUACUAUUGUAUCAUCCUUAACCUUCCGUAUUGUAGGAAGUAUAAAAUUCAUAUACUGUAUAAAAUGCACCAGAACGAUACAAAGUGUCCUUGACAAGGAAACUGCCAUUUCAAUUCCAACAACCCAAUAGCAUUUUGUAGUGCUUUUAUAAUGCAGUUAUUAAUAAUUUAUAAUUAGGUAAGAAAUUGUGUAAUAUAAUUCCGUUCUUGGGUUGUUACAUAUCCAAUUUAUGUAAAGUAUUCGAAAAAUAUAACGGGAGACUGCCACUGAAAACUCGUUUUCAUAGGUUUUCGUACUUUACUUAUUGAAUGUAUAAAAUCUUAGCAUAGCAAAGAGUUUUUAUCUUAAAACAUGUUUGUCUGUAAAUACAUUAAUACAUCCAUACAUGCAAGAAGGUUUCUUUCUUCGACAAAGCUUCUAAAAAUUAUAUAUAUUCUUGAUUAUUAUACCUAUGUAAGCUAAAGUCACGUUCCUUAUGAAUACUAUUUCUGCAGCUUGCAAUGGCAUAUUAAAUGUCAGGUACCGUCCGGGACCGAAGGAAAAUUCCACCCUUAAUUAUUAUUAGAUGGAAGUCUAUUUCUACCUAUCAACAUAACGGUGAUCGUGAGAAACAUUAUAUUUCUAAAAAGAAAAUAAAACUGUAUUUGAAGAGAACAUAAAACUCCGCAAAUAAAUUUUUCUAUUAGGAAGUAGUCCAAGAAUGUCCAUCCCUUAAAAGUGCCAUCUGAGGCCCCAGACUUCCUUUCUUAAUGCGCCACUAAUAUUGUACGUAAUCAUACUGUAUUGUACCAUUUCUAUAAAAUCUAGUAUAAAAUAUAUAUAAUAUUUUCUGUCAUUGUUAUCAAAUAACAUUUAAACAGCAAAUUCUUUUGAAUUAUACGUCCUACCUACACAAGCAAGCUAUCAUAUUUUACAUAAUUGUUCAAAUAUCAGAAGUAAUCUGAUAAAAUAAUGCAGCAAAGAGACAUGCUUUUAUGCAAGUCACAAGUGAAAGUAAGAUCCUGAUAUUACUCAUUAGGGUUGGUUCACUGCAUUAGUUACAUAUAGCAUUAUGCUGUAGAGCAGAGUUUCUUAAACUGUGGGUCGCGGCACCUGCAGCAGGGGGUCGACAAAAAUUUUAGCAGUUCUGAUAUUUCUUUAACUUGUUAUAAUAAUUUUACAAGUACCAAAUAUUUUUAC